AUGCCCAUUCCCAUCCCCGUCCCCUCCCAACACCGCCUCAUCUCCCGCCCUGAAAUCAAGUCCCUGAUUGCAAAAGAUCACAAAAUAUUCAUCCUCAAUAACUGCGUCAUCAAAGCCGACGCAUGGCUACCUUUCCACCCCGGAGGCGAAAAAUCAAUUCUGCAUAUGGUUAGUCGCGAUGCGACGGAUGAGAUUAAUGCGUUGCAUUCGGAAGAGGCGAGGGAGCGGAUGCGGAAAUAUGUGGUGGGGAGGAUUGAGGGGGGGUGGGAGGGCUUGGGGAUGGGGAUGUGGGGGGGUGAGGGAGAGGGAGAGGGAGAGGAGGGGGGAGAUAGGGGAGGUAAAUUGAGGGUUCUGGGGGAUGGAAUAUUGGGAUUGAGGGGUUGCGAUGCGGAAAAAAUGGGGAAGGGAGAGAAAGUGCGGUGGAGACGUACAGCUGCUGAGAUACAGAUUUCUCACGCUUCAUCAUCGUCUUCAUCUUCAUCUUCAUCCUUAUGCUCGAUAGACACGAAAACGAAAACAGGAAAGGAAAAAGACCCAGAAAACCCACCCCUCACAUCCCUAGAAGUCCUAACAGCACACGCCAUAUCCACCGAUCUCUCCAAAUACCCCUCUCUGGACCGCAAAACCCAAGAUGCGAUUAUCUCCCAAUAUCGACUCCUGGAUCAAGAACUGCGCUCCGCAGGACUAUACAACUGUCCAUACCGAUCCUACGGCAUCGACGUACUGCGCUACAUCCUGCUCUUCACACUCUUCUGGAAAUUCCUACAAUCCUCCUACUUUAUUCCCUCCGCCCUCUCCCUCAGACUCUUCUGGCACCAACUCGUCUUUACCGCGCACGACGCCGGACACAUGGGGAUAACGCACUCCUUCCACAUCGACAACUGCACCGGGAUCCUGCUUGCGAACUUCCUCGGCGGGCUCUCCAUCGGCUGGUGGAAGCGCAAUCACAAUAUCCACCACAUCGCGACCAAUUCCCCCGAACACGAUCCGGACAUUGCACAUUUACCCUUCUUCGCCAUUUCGCAUCGUUUCUUCUCCUCUUUGUAUUCGAGUUACUACAAUCGCGCGAUGGAAUUCAAUACCCCAUCCCGCUUUUUCGUCAAAUAUCAAACUUAUCUCUACUAUCCCAUUCUCCUGCUCGGAAGAUUCAAUCUCUACGUAUUAGCAUCGUCCUACCUGCUGAGUCCUAACCAGGCACCUCGUAAAGGGCCAGCAUGGUGGCACUGA